GCAGUCUCAGUUUAGCGACCGGACCCGAAACUAGGUGGUGGUUAGAUGAGGAGAGGGUACGAGGGCAGCGCGCGUCCCCGGAGUGGUUUCUCUUUGGAGCCCUAAAUUAUCGAGGCUGUACCCCCGGGGGCGGGCUUGUUUACGCUUCCCGACCCUCUCCCAGCUUCUGAACCUGAGCCGGGGCUCACCCCCGACCCCUCGGUGCCCGCCCAGUGCAGAGGAGGCAGGAUGGAGUUCAAGCUGGAGGCUCACCGCAUCGUCAGCAUCUCCCUGGGCAAGAUCUACAACUCGCGGGUCCAGCGCGGCGGCAUCAAGCUGCACAAGAACCUCCUGGUCUCGCUGGUGCUGCGCAGCGCCCGCCAGGUCUACCUGAGUGACCCGUGUCCCGGCUUCUACCUGGCCGGUUCCACCGAGACCCCAGUGCCGCCGCCGCAGCAGCCCGGGGAGCCGGCGGCCGGGCCCCCUGCCGGCUGGGGGGAGCCGCCUCCGCCCACCGCCCUUGCCGCCUGGCGGGAGACCCAGCCGCAGCCGGAGCGCCCAGCCGUCCCAGACGCGCCGCGGGCGGGAGACGCGGAACCGGCGGGAGCGGUGGCCGGAGCUGGGGACGCUCCUCCGGGCCGAGAGGCGGACGCAACGGAGGCUACCUGGGGCCGCGUGGCAGCGGCCGGGGGACUCUCGGACUUUCUCCCGGAGAGGCUGCGCGCUGCGCGACGCCCCUGCGGCUGCCCCGCAGGAGGGGAGGACCAGCCGGGCGCGUCCCCCGGCGCCGACUGCUGCUGCUCGCCGCGGCCCGUCGAGGAGGAGCCCCCCGCGCCGCCUGUGGUGUGCCCCAGGAAGCGCGGCGCGGCGGGGGCAGGCGGCGGCCACUCGGGCUGCCCGGCGCCGGACUCGACCCCGCUGAAGAAGCCGCGCCGGAACUUGGAGGAGCAGCCGGGCGCGGGCGAGCAGGACGGCGAGGAGGAGAUGGAGACCGGGAACGUGGCUAACCUCAUUAGCAUCUUCGGUUCCAGCUUCUCGGGACUCUUGCGGAAAAGCCCCGGGGGCGGCCGGGAGAAAGAAGAGGCCGAGGAGAGCGGUGCGGAAGCCGCCGAGCCCGGGCAGAUCUGCUGCGAUAAGCCGGUGCUGAGAGACAUUAACCCUUGGAGCACAGCCAUCGUGGCCUUCUGAGCCCCGGCCCCGCCGGGGUGAGGUUGAAUCGCGGCGUCCCCAAAGCGAGCGCCGGACCGCUCCGGGCCGCGAGGACGCCCCAGGGACCGCAGGCGCUGAGCGCGUUGGGGAGACUGAUGCUGCCGGGCAGCGCGCACUGUCCCCGGCUGGGCAGCCGGGCUGUGCCGACACUCCAAGUCUCAUCCUGAGACCUGGAGUUGGAGGCUUAUUGGAAGAGGACGAUCGUUAAUUUUUGUGUAUGUGUAUGUCCGUGUGUCUGUAAGUUUGUCUUGUUGAAUUAAGACUUGUUUUGUCCUUCUGGAAUGCACCACCCCUUCCCCGGGGCUUAUGACUUUGGCGGCAGACAGGGACUUUCCUCUGCCGGCCGCACAGAGAAGGAAGCGGCUGAGAGGCGGCCGGGGAGUUCCCCACUCGUUCUCCGGGGAGGGAGGGACUUUACACACACCCCUCUCACGAAAGCUAGGACCACACCAGGGCCAGGAGUGGCGUUUCCUCCCAGGAUUUCCUCAGACUAGAGGGACUUGGUCUGGAGCGGAGACCUGUAGUACUUCUCUUCCUCCCCACCAUUCUCCAGCACAGAAGAAACGUUUAUACCCUGUGAUCGCUCUGGGAAAGGGGGCUAUUAAGGGACCUUUGCUUCCCCACAGGGGGAGAAAGCUUGACGAACUUCACGAAAGAGUUCAAGCUUGGAAAUAUGGAGUUUAUAAAGAAGAGAUAUAUUUUUAAAAGCUCUAGCUCAGAACUACUACACAGUGCUUUUAAAAAGUGUUUAAUGAAACAAAGUUUACAGACAAAAGCCCUAAGUGGAAAGACCUUAUGGUUUUGUAGAUACGGUGACUCCAGUCUUUGUUGUAUAAAGGUUGGGGGAGCUGAUAAGGUUUUUGUACAGUAUUUUCUCCUUCGUUGUAUUGAUUUUUGUAUAAAAAAAAUGUAACUUUACGUGUCUAACACGUAUUAAAUAUUUUGAAGCAA